AUGGCGCUGGUCGACUACUCGUCGUCGACGUCAGCGUCCGACACGGAACAGGAGCCCCCGGCCAAGCGGCGCAAGGAUGGCUCCAAGGCGUCCGGCGCCGCGGCCGAUGCCGCCGCCGCGAUGCCGCCACUGCCGGCAGCCUUCCACGACCUGUACGCGUCGACAGUCCGGCAGAGCGUCGUAGACGACCCGAGCCUGCAUCAGGGCCGCAAGAGGCAGAACCCUCACAUACCCGGCAACUGGCCCACCCACCUAUACGUCGAAUGGCACCCCAGUCCGGAGCAGCACGACCUGCUGGAGGAGCUUGUCGCUAGGGUUGAAGAGGUGCUCGACAAAGAUAUUGUGCUGCACAACUUCUUGACCAGCGAUUUGGGCGCGCCGCUGCCGCUGCACAUUAGCCUCUCGCGUCCGCUCAGCCUCCCCACAGCAGACAAGGACGCGUUUCUCGAGCGGCUCACCCAGUCCAUCCGGACCAGCGCCACGGAGCCGUUUGCCGUGCGCCCCAACAGCUUGGCCUGGUACAAGUCGCCCGAUUCGGAGAGGACGUUUCUCAUCCUCCGGGUCGAGACGCGCAAACACGGGGCAAACCCGGAGCUUAUGACCCUGUUGACGCGGUGCAACACCGUCUCGGCGCUGUUCAAGCAGCCCGCGCUGUACCAGAUGCACCACAGCGAGGCGGCGGACUCGGCGUUUCACGUCUCCAUCGGAUGGACGUUUGGAUUGCCGGACGAGGAGACGUCGCUCAAGGUGCUCAAGCUGUUCAAGGAGAAGCGGUUCCGGGCGAUGCACGCGUGGGAGAUUGCGGUGCCGGGCGUCAAGGCCAAGAUUGGCAACGUCGUGACGCACAUUCCGCUGGGCGGGCAGCAGCGGGCAGACGGGAAGCCCAGGGCGGGCAGUCAUAGCAAGAUAGGCAGAGGAGCGGCGGAGAGCCCAAAACCGUGA